AAGCAGCUCAUCCACACAUAAAAGUGAAAUUUAAUGAAACUGAUUACAAUAAAAAAAUAAACAGCUUGUUAGUGAUUUCAUUUCUAUUAAAACAAUUUAUUUGCAAAAUUAUUAAAACUAAUUAUUUUUGACGCAACUGAAAAGGUUGAGAGAAUAAUUAAAAAUACUGUAUAUAAAGUAUUUAUCGGAAAUAGUUAUUGCUAUAAACAAUACAAGUGAAAAUUAGUGGACAAACACGCUCAAUUUAAAAAAAUUGCAAAAAUUAAAGCCAUAUAUUUUCAUUGUAAACGUCAUUAUCUAUUUACUAAACAAUUGCAUUAAACGAAUGCCAACGAAAAAACAAAAAAUAAACUGCUGGCAAUAAAACGAAGAAAGAAAAUACACCAACAACAAACGAGGCGCGCUAAGAGAACAAUAAACAGAAAAGUAUUUUUGGUUUUCUGUUUUAUUUUAUUAACAUUUUCAGAAAGUGAUUUUUACAGUGGAAAGAAGAAAUAGAAAAACUAAAUUUGUUGUCUUUUAUCCAACAUCUAUUCGGUUUUUAUUAUUUAAUUGAAUUUACUGAUUUCCGUAUUAUGAAUCUAUCAUUUGCUGGAUGUGGAUUUUUGGGGAUUUAUCAUGUUGGUGUGGCUGUUUGUUUUAAAAAGUAUGCCCCACAUUUGCUUUUAGAAAAGAUAGCAGGUGCAUCGGCUGGAGCUUUAGCAGCAUGUUGUCUUUUGUGCGAUUUGCCCUUGGGUAGCAUGACAUCUGAUUUUUUCCGUGUUGUUAACGAAGCUCGUCGUCAUUCCUUGGGUCCUUUUAGUCCAUCCUUCAACAUUCAAACUUGUCUUUUUGAAGGUCUACAGAAACAUUUACCUGAGGAUGCCCAUAAACGAGUCAGUGGUCGCUUGCACAUAUCUAUGACCCGUGUAUAUGAUGGAAAGAAUGUCAUUAUAUCAGACUUUAAUUCGCGAGAUGAGGUUUUGCAAGCAUUACUCUGUGCUUGUUUUAUACCUGGCUUCUCUGGUAUUCUACCACCACGCUUUCGGGGCGUCCGAUACAUGGAUGGUGCCUUUUCGGACAAUCUACCAAUUUUAGAUGAAAAUACCAUAACUGUAUCGCCUUUCUGCGGAGAAAGUGAUAUAUGUCCACGCGAUCAAAGUUCACAGUUGUUCCACCUAAAUUGGGCCAAUACUAGCAUUGAGAUUUCAAGACAAAAUAUUAAUCGAUUUGUGCGUAUUCUCUUUCCGCCAAGGCCAGAAUUUUUAUCGAAAUUCUGUCAACAAGGUUUCGAUGAUGCACUACAAUUUUUGACUCGUAACAAUUUAAUAAAUUGUCGCCGCUGUGUGGCUGUCCAGUCAACAUUUGUUGUUUCGGAAACUGUAACCCAACCUCAGGAUUUCGAUCCGGAAUGUAGAGAAUGUAAAAAGCAUAGAAAGGAUGCAUUGACUUCCAAUAUGCCGCAAACUGUGUUGGAUGUUAUACAAGACUAUAUAGAACAGGCUAAUAAAGGUCUGGCAAAUUGGAUAUUCAAACAUCGUGGCAUUAAGUUGUUAUCAUUGCCUGCUACAGUACCCAUGGAUUUCUUUUUAGCAACAGUAUCCAAACUUAGCUCACUCACACCAAAACUUACUAAGCAAAUGCGGCAGAUGGUUGAAGAAUUUAUAUAUCAAUUAAAUAAUACUCUGCAAGUGCGUAUAUUUAAUAAGUUUACGAUCUGUGAUCCACCUCAUUUUGAUACGACUGGUUUGUUACAUUCAAAGAGAUUAUAUGGCCCUAGAGUUUCUAUAUUAGUAGAUGAAUGUGGUGCUGCACCUUUAGAAGAUGAUGUUGAUCAUUUUGAACAUGUUUUGAAGGUUACAACCCACAACGAUGCAUUGUAUGCUUAUUAUUACACUGAUGAUAACACGAAUAAAGUAAAAGUUACCGAAAUAUUUGAUAUGACGGAAAAUAUGGCACUUGCCACCGAUUUGAAACAAUACGAAGGUUCUGUUGAAGAUCAUCCAAAUCCUCACCAACAUCAUCACAACACUGUGGUUAGCGAAUGGAACGGCGUUGAAUCGGAUUUCUUUAUCGACCAGCAAUCAUUGGAUUCCAAAGGAGUUGGUGGCGAGAAUGAAAUACAAAAUCAAUUACUAAUAAUACCAAAUUCCCCCCUAAUGACCUCAACAGCAGCAUACAAUACAUAUCAAGUAAAGUCGGAUUCUUCAUCAAUAGCAAUAGAAGAUGAUAAUUUUGCAGAAGCUGUCGAAGAGUCUUGUGUUUUUAGUGAUCCCGAAGUAGACCAUCCUUAUUAUGAAGAAGAUGAAGCCACAUACUCAUCCACAGUAGCUCAGCGACACAAUAGAUAUACACCUCAUUCUCAUGUACAUUUAAAAUUAAUCUCCACACAACAGGAGCCUUUGGUAUCCCCUCAUUCUAUAACAGAUGACCUUUGUAUAGAUAUUGAAUGAAUUAACUGAAAUUGUACAUUUCUAAGACUACGCUCUCACCCACUGUCUCUAUUUUCAAUUCCUUCGUUUAUAUUAUAAGUUUUCCAACGUCAAGUACUGAUUAUUUUUUAUAUUCUAUAUUACCUAAAUUAUUUAUAUUUAUAAAAAAUUAAGAAACCGUGUGAAGUAUAAACGCACAGUCGAUAAGAAGCGCUGAAGUCGAAGGUAAAAGCCAAGCUGAAAUGCCUUUAAAAAUUUAUUAACUUAAGGAAUACUAAUAGAUGAUAGAGAUUAGAAUAUUUCGAAAUAACUUUGUGUUUUUGAUAUUUCCAUCAUUAUUUUGUUAUUAAUCAUAAUGAAAAAUGUAUAAACAAUUAUUAUAUACCAUAUUAUUUUUUAUUUAUAAAUUAGUAUGCAAUGUAUGUACCUUUCAAUACGAUUUUAGUUUUAAGAAAAAAAAAAUAAGAGAAAGAAAAUCUGUAACGAACGAACGUCCUGUAAACAAACAUAAAAUAAAUUCAUUAUAUAUAUAAAAUAACAA